AUCUGUAAGAUAUUCAUUUCACAGUGUAAACAGCUUCAGUGAUUUUAAUGGGAGUUUUUGAGAGUGCUUGUGACUCUAGACUGUCAGUGAAAAAGUUCUUUGAUAAUGUAAAUGUUUUUUGCUCUCUUUCUGAAAUUGUUAUCAUAAGUAGCCUAACUUCACUAAAAUACCUAAAUUCACAUUAAAUAUAAAGUCAGUCGUAUUAAAAAUAUAUUAUGGCAUGACACCAUGUUUGUUACAAGUGAACAGACAGGUUUUUAUGCAUAGUUAAUAGACUACAUUAUUAGGUUACUUUGACCAUCGCCCACUGUAGAUCAACUAUCAUAAUCUAUAAAGGUGAGAAUCAAGAUAUUUCAUGAUAUAGUUAAUGCUUUUGGGAAUGUUUCGAAUAGAAAGGAAAAGAUAAAUAAAACAUAAGUGCUAUUGUGGCUGCUGUGUGCAGAGCUUUCCUUCCAGCCCUUGAUCUCCACAAGCGCUCCCUCAGCGAUGAGUGUUGCGGGCUCAUGCACCUGGUCAGACUCUUCAUGGGGUUUAGGCUCCAGGGCAGUGUAUGCACUCGUCCUCUUCUCAGGCUCGGGAUCCUCAGUCACAGCAGGCCGGUCUCACUGAAAGUGAAAGUAAAUUGUAAGUCGUUGCAGAAGAAGAGGAAAUGGACUCAAAAUCUGUGGAAGAGCUUUCUUGUCCCGUGUGCUGUGAAAUCUUCAAGGAUCCUAUUAUUCUGUCCUGUAGUCACAGUAUUUGUAAAGAGUGUCUUCAGCAGUUCUGGAAGACCAAGAAAACUCAGGAGUGUCCCGUCUGCAGAAGAAGAUCCUCAAAACAAGAUCCUCUGUGUAAUCUAGUGUUAAAAAACUUGUGUGAUUCACUGAUAAAGGAGAGAAAUGAGAGGCGUUCAUCAGGAUCUGAGGAGAUCUGCAGUUUACACAGUGAGAAACUCAAACUCUUCUGUCUGGAGGACAAACAGCCGGUGUGUUUAGUGUGCAGAGACUCAGAGAAACAUGUCAAUCACACAUUCAGACCCAUCACAGAAGUGCUUUCAUCUCACAGGGAGGAACUGAAUACAGCUCUGACAUCUUUACAAAACAAGUUCAAACAUGCAGAAGAAAUGAAAGCAAAGUGUGAUGAAACAGUGCAACACAUCAAGUCUCAAGCUGAGCACACAGAGCGUCAGAUUAAAGAGGAGUUUGAGAAGCUUCAUCAGUUUCUCAGAGAUGAAGAAGAAGCUACAAUCACUGCACUGAGAGAGGAAGAGGAGCAGAAGCAGCAGAUGAUGAAGGAGAAGCUGGAGGAGAUGAACAGACACAUCUCAGCUCUUUCACACACAAUCAAAGACACGGAGGAGAUGAUGAAAGCCAGCGACGUCUGCUUUCUGAAGGACUUUAGCAUCACGAUGGAAAGAGUCCAGAUCUCACAGCCGGAUCCACAGAUGAGUUCUGGAGCUUUGAUUCAUGUCCCACAUUACUUGAGUAACCUGCGGUUCAGAGUCUGGAAGAAGAUGCAGGAGACUCUCAAACACACUCCGUUGACUCUAGAUCCAAACACAGCAGCUCCUUGGCUCACACUCUCUGCUGAUCUGACCAGUGUUUCGUUCAGUGAUGUAUGUCAAAAUCUUCCUCGUAAUCCAGAGAGGAUUGAUGAGUAUCCAUGUGUUCUGGGAUCUGAGGGCUUUAACUCAGGAGCACACUGCUGGGAUGUGGAGGUUGGAGACAAUACAUGCUGGACUCUUGGAAUAACCACAGCAUCAAACCAAAGGAAGGGAUUGGUUUUCUUUAACACUAAUGUCUGGCGUGUGCAGUACAUGAACAGUGAAUACAGCUCACAAUCCCCAAAGCAACCCUCGACUCUCUUGACAGUUAAAGAGAAGCUGCAGCGUGUGAGAGUUCAGCUGGACUGUGACGGAGGAAAGGUGUCCUUCUCUGAUCCUGUAACUAACAUCUGUCUGUGUUCAUUCACAACAACCUUCACUGAGACUGUCUUUCCAUUCUUAUAUAACUACUGCACAGCUUCCCCUCUCAGGAUCUUACCAGUUAAACUGAUUGUAACAACAGAAAAUCACAGUUAAAUCUCAUUCUGCUUUUAGAUCAGUUAAGGUACAAAAUUUUGUUGUUUUCAUUGUUUUGCAUUUUAUGGUUCAAUAACACUGUAAUCAAAGGAAAGGGUCUCAUUCAUAAAUAUAAAAUCUACUCAAACUGUUGUUUAAGCUACUCUAAAACAUUUUUCACAUUUAUUAUGGAUUUCUUAUUGUUUUUAUCGAAAAGGAAAAAAUGUAGGGUAGGACUUAGUUCUGUUCAUCUGUUGUUGACUGGAUUUUGAUACGAUUUUUGGAUUUGAUUGGUUUUACACUCAAAUAUGAAUGUGAUCUUGCAGUUGAUGGUGGAGGGAUGGGGUUUAAUUACUGCUAACGGUUCACACACUUCUUGAAAGUAAUUGAAUUUCAGUUAUAUGGAUUCAAGGCCUGGGAACUACUUGAAAACAAAUAUAGGUCCUUGAAAGUGCUUGAAUUAAAUUUGAAAUAAAUUUGGUUCAUGGCGCUAUUUCAAAAAUUGUCCUAUAUGUGCAAAGACAGAACGAAAUGGCACUAAUGAUUUGAGUGGAGAUGGGGUAGCGCAAAAAAAAAAAAAAUUCGCAGUCACGCACACUCUGUGUAAAGUGAGAACAUCUUACAGUGCAUUAAUAAUUAUUAGGCACGUUGAUAUUCUGAUCAUAUUUUUUUUCCAAGCACAUUUUACCAAUACCAAAACACAUCAAUCUUAAUAACUACUAUUAAUUUUGUAUUUAAUCAGAAUCAGAAUCAGCUUUAUUUGCUAAGUGUGCGCAAACACAUGAGGAAUUUGUUGUGGUUUUUAAGAAGCUCUUGGUACAUACACGCAUACAUAUAUACAUACAUAUCUGACAUGAGAAUAGAAUCAUUUAAAUAAGACUUAACAAUAAUAAUAAUAAUGUGUAUGAAUCUGGAACAGAAGAUGUAUGUACAGAUUUGUGCAUUAUUUUAUCUCUAUAUACAGCUGUAUAGAAACAAAUAUGCAUAUGUAUUUACAUAGUACUUGUGAGAGAGGCAAUAAUUAGAGAUGGAGAAUGAAUUACAGGCAUGAAUUGCAGAACACAGGUAAUAAUUCCUGUGUUAGCUGUUUAGGCUGGAGAUGGCAUGGGGGGAAAAACUGUUUUUAUGCCUGUUUUUAAUCAUUUACAAGUGAUAUAUAAUUGUCCAUGAAGGCUGGAAGUGAAAAACUCUUUAUUCAGGUGUGCAGAAUUAUUAGGCAGGUUUUCUUUUACAGAUUAAAUGAGACAAAAAAAAAAAAAAAGAUUUAACUCAGACUGAAAAGUCAAAAAUGAUUAAAUCCCCAUGAGAAAUAUUCAAAACUAAUGCAAUACAGAAAUUGCAAAGUUAAGACAUGACCAUUGGUCAGCGAAAUGCUCAUUGGGUCAGCAGCGUCAGAUAAAAACAGGUGGAGAAGAAAAGACGCAUGUUAACUGCAAAAUAAUUAAGUAUUAAUGUGAGAAAUUAGGUGUAAAACCAUCAGGAAACAUUUAGUCUCCAGAACUGCAACCUUCCUGGAGUCUCCAGAAUUACAAGGUGUCAGGUUCUCAGAGACUUUGCUUGGGUAAAAAAUGACCCUCACUUAAGAAUAACAUGUUGAAGUGUUGUGAAAGACAAUUUUUUUUUUAUAGGCUUUAUGGACAGAUAAGUUGAGAGUGACUCUUGAAGGACCAGCACCACAUCCUCUUGUACCACUGUUUGAAGAAUUUAUUUUCCAGAAUCUGGCAGUAAGUUUUAGGAGCUCAUUUUUAGUGAAUCUCUGCAAGACAGACUUUUCAGGAUAGGAGAUGAACUAAAAAUGAACUCCCAGAACUUACUGCGACAUGGAGCUAAAGAGAAAAUGUAGAACUUGAAAAAUAAGAAAAACAGCUUAGUGAAAAGCAUUUACAGUUUCAAAGCAAAUAGAAAGUCCUAUUUUGUUUUUUUUUUUAAUUUAUUUUCUUUAUUUUUUUGCAGAUUUGCACAAGGUUUAAAAUUUUCAUGAAAUAUUUUCAAAAAAUAUUGAAGUUUUGUGCAGCUGCAUGUAUGAAAAAGAUGAAAAAAAUGGGAUUUACAAUAAUUUUGACUUGAGUUUAUUUAUUAAUGAGUAACGUCUCUAUUGAGAGAAUGUGCAAAUAUUUUUAAUGUUAACAGGUUUUACCGUGUUAUUACAACAUUUAACCACUUUUUAUUCAUUUAAAUCUUGUACAAGAACUACAGCAAAAACUAUUUUAUAAAUAUUUUAGAAAUUGUAUUUGAAUAUUAGUAUUGAUUUCAAUGGAUUUCGUUAAAUUCCUUUGAACACGGCUGCUCAGAACGGUCUAAAUUUACGAAACCUACACUUUCAAAACAUUGUUACUUAGAAAUUUUUAAUGUAAAUGUUAAGUGUAAGUAAAAUGUUUAGUUCUGUAAGGUCUUUCAUGACACUACAUAUGCUGGGGGUGUGAAUUUGAUAGGUGUUGAUAUGAAAUAAAUGGUGCUUUAAAAAGUC